UAACGGAACAGUUCGGUUCGUCCCCAUUCUGUGGGAAAAUCACAGCCACGUCGUCUAGCGACGGCUGCAGGAAUAGGGCUCCGAGAGAUCCUCUCCCAAUAAUUACUGGCAUCCCCAAUCCAAGCUUCAUAUUAUUGAAUUGAAUUGAAUUGAAUUGGAAGCUGUGAAUUGAAUGAUUUUGGUUAGCGUAGCAUUGAUCUUCUGUUUUUUCUUUCAUUUGUGAUUGCAUGCUUCCAUUCUCUUACUCAGCCCUAGCAGGAGUUGUUGUUGUUGGUGAAAUAUGAAGGUGAAUGACAUAGCUAGGGUGGUAAAUGGGUUGUCUUUGGUGGCCAAAGAGGCUGCCCGCCGGCAACCGCUCAGUGACGGUACGGAUUUGCAAUCCCUAAUCAAGACCGCCCUUCUAUCCGCCACCGAUCUAACCGGCCUCACCAAAGGCAGGUUUCGGCGUUUCGAAGAUGUUGAUCCUAAUUCCAAACCUAAUUCUAAUGCUGUUAAACAAAGCGUCGUGCACUUCGUGGAUUCUUCCCCUCAACCAGAUCAAAGCCGGUGUUCUCCUGAUUCUAAUGAUGUCAUUGCCCAGGAUUCGGAGGUUUCUGUGUCUCCGCCUCUAGAAGUGGCUGCCACAUCCACCGACGCUGAUCCUUGUUUGUCGUCUCAGAAGGAUGAAGCCUCUACUCAACGGAAUAUCGCCGCUGGUGGAGCUGCGUCUCAAGAAGGAGUGAUCAAGAGGCAACAAAGGAAACCUAGGGAGAGGAGGGUGCCUUCUACUCCUUUUUCUAGGGCGCUUGGGUUUGCAGGCCUUGGGGCUGGACUUGCAUGGGGAACCCUUCAAGAGUCAGCAAAGAGAAUUGUCUUUGGUUCCCCAAACGCACAGGACAAUCAAAAUGUUCUUUCUCCUUACCUAUCCGAGAAAAAUGCAGAGCGUUUGGCCCUUGCAUUGUGCCGAAUGCGUGGAGCAGCUCUUAAACUGGGGCAGAUGUUGAGCAUUCAAGAUGAAUCUUUUAUACCUGCUCCGAUCUUGGCUGCUUUGGAAAUUGUUCGUCAGGGUGCAGAUGUGAUGCCAAGGAGCCAACUAAAUCAAGUUCUGGACACUGAAUUAGGCACUGAUUGGUCAUCUAAGCUGAAAAGUUUUGAUUAUGAACCAAUGGCAGCUGCAAGUAUCGGACAGGUACACAAGGCUGUCACAAAGGACGGUAUGCUGGUUGCAAUGAAAAUACAAUACCCUGGUGUUGCUGACAGCAUUGAAAGCGAUAUUGAAAAUGUAAAACGUCUUUUAACGUAUACUAAUCUUAUCCCAGAAAAGAUGUACCUUGACAAUGCUAUGAAGGUUGCAAAGGAGGAACUCUCUCGUGAAUGUGACUAUGAGCUGGAAGCAAAAAAUCAGAAAACAUUUUGUGAUCUUCUACGUGGAGAAAUUGGCUACUAUGUUCCAGCUGUGAUAGAUGAGUUGUCAGGCAAAAGAGUAUUAACUUCAGAACUUGUCCCAGGAAUUCCAAUUGAUAAGGUAGCAUUGCUUGACCAAGAAACUCGCAACCAUGUUGGAAAAAAAUUGCUUGAACUCACAUUGAAAGAGCUGUUUAUCUUUCGUUUCAUGCAGACAGAUCCCAACUGGAGCAAUUUUCUUUAUGAUGAGCCAUCAAAAUCAAUCAAUCUCAUAGACUUUGGAGCAGCUCGGGACUACCCUAAGCAUUUUGUUGAUGAUUAUUUAAGAAUGGUUCUUGCUUGUGCAAACAGCGAUCGUGAAGCUGUGAUUGAGAUGUCGAAGAGGCUUGGGUUUCUGACAGGGGAAGAGUCGGAUGUAAUGAUAGAUACACACGUGCAGGCCGGUUUUGUUGUAGGAUUGCCAUUUUCAAAGAUGGGAGGCUAUGAUUUUCGAUCUAACAAUAUAAUACAAAGCAUUUCAAAUCUCGGGGCUACUAUGCUGAGGCACAGGCUAACACCUCCCCCAGAGGAAGCAUAUAGUCUCCACCGAAAGCUAUCGGGCGCUUUCCUUGCUUGCAUCAAGCUUGGUGCAGUUGUACCUUGUCGGGAACUUUUGCUUCAAGUACAUGAGAACUAUCGCUUUGGUGAAGAUGAUGAUGGCAGUAGCGAAGUUUUGUCAAGUGGUUCAGCUUCGUGUUGAGAAAUGAGAAUUCUCUUGUUUCAUUCUUCUCAACAAAUAAUUUUGAUUCUCACAUCUGUAUUCUUUUUAAGUGGAAUGUAGUACAUGGAGUUUGGUUAAUGGAGUUCGAAACAAAGAAUGUGAAUGAAAGUCAUAUAUUGUUGUUUGGUGUAACAAUUUCACCG